CACUCGUGUUUUAUGCAUUGAAGCGCAUGUAAUGUAAUUUUCGAGAAUCAAUUUAUUGCUUUAUUUAAAGAAAAUGGCAAUUGCGUGUUUUGUUGUGGGUUGUACGAACAAGCAUGGAAGGGACCGAGGAAUAUCAUUUCAUAAAAUUCCAACUAUUAUAAAAGAAACAAAUAAAAUGUAUGCCAGACCUGGUGGACCGUACACUUUUCAACAAAAAAUAGAGUUAUCGAAGAGAAGACAGGAACAAUGGAUAAGUGCAAUUAAACGUGGUCUUUUAAGUGAGUCACAGAUAAGAAAUGCAAGAAUUUGCUCAAACCAUUUUAUAUCGGGACGUCCAGCUGAGCUUACCGAUAUAAACAAUCCAGACUGGAUUCCUUGCAAAAAUCUAGGUAAUGCCGUGGGCACAGCUUCGAAGAAACCAUCCACUCCAGAACGGCGCGACAGGCGGAGAAAAAAGGUCACGAUUGCUGAAUCAAUUGAUACAGAUGGCCAUUUGGAGGAUGAUAUCGUAAUUGAUGAAAUUAAGGUGGAAAUCGAAGAGAAAACUGGCACGGCUUCACAAACUGAUGUUCUUGGAACAGAGAUAGAUCGUUUGCGUGAAGAAUUGAGACUUGCAAAGGAGGAAAUCGCAGAAUUAAAGAAGCGCCAGCAAAAGAGCGACUUGCCAGAAGAGUCGUUCCCCAAUGAUGACCGUAAAACCCUCUACUUCACAGGAAUUGAUAUUCCGGACCUGCCACGUAUUAUUUGCACUCCACACAUACGUGCUGUCAUCCGCAGCCAUUCGGACGAAAUAAGUAGGACUCAAAAUUAGAUUAAGAUCGAUUUUCGCUGACAAAAAAGAUUCUUGCUAUCGCAUUUGUUUUUUACUUCAACAAAUUGAAAAUGCGAUUAUUUAACAGAAAAUAUUACACCUAACUAAAGGAAUGAGUUUAGGGCUUCCAGUAUUUUGUACCUAUAGUUUUACUCUGAGCUUAUGUAGUUUAGAAACUGAACAUUAAUUAAAUUUCGUUUUUUAUCUAGAAAAACAAAA